CUGUGUCUAAGCUUUUAUUUAAGGCGACAUCUUAUGGUCAAUUUCGAAACUAUAAUUUACUAGUGUUAUAUAGGAACUUUCGCCAUGUUGGCGAAACCGAUGUUGAAUGUCAGUUCAAUUUGAAUGUUGGGUAGUUACAAGAAAAACUUGCACAAUAGCCCAAUUUUUAGUAAUUAUACUGUCGAUUGUACUUGUACAACUUCAAAUUCUAUUAGGGGUGAGACAAUUUUUUUAUUUGUAGCUGAGAAUAUACGUUUUAAUUGGACAUCUUCAGGCAAAAAAUGGAUAAGGCUGGAAAUAGGAAAACCAAACACUGUGUGCAGUCUGAACAACAUCCACAGCAGACUACAUUGACACUGUGCUCGUUUAUGGAGAACCGGAACUUCGUGGAUGUAGCCAUUCGCUGCGGAGAUUACGUUUUAUACGCUCAUAAAGUGGUUCUGGCUGCCAACAGCGCCUUCUUUAAGGAAGAACUCUGGAAGGAUUCAUCUGUCCAGCAAGUGGUGAUCACAGGAUGUGAUGCGUCUGUGGUGAGAUCCUUACUGGAGUUCAUAUACUGCGGAAAAACUAUUCUAUCUUAUGAACAUCUCAGAUACUUAGUUGCAGCAGCCAGGACAUUACAAAUUAAACCAUUGGAUAGUAUGACAUUUGACUUCCCCUUACAUGGUAAUUUAUUCCAUUCAGAUAUUCCAAUUUUAUUUUGUCUUAUACAGGGUACAUGAACAGUUUAUUUCUCGGAUGCAAUUAGAAUAACGCAAAAAGUGUCACAAGUCUUAUGAAAAAUUUCAUAUAGGGAUCUCCUACCAAAAUAUAGACUUUCAAAUUAAGACACUGGAGACUGCAAGGGAAAGACUACCGCAAUAUUGCUUAUUUUUUAACACUCUAUAGUAAUGACUCUAGAGCGACAUUUCUUGAAAAAUGUAUCCUCGAUGGACGUUGAUGAGUAGUUGCAUGGAGCUAUUUAUAAAAAAUUGGAACCAUUCUGAGGAAGCGUAGAUAACGGCUACAUCGAAGAGUUGUUUUGACUGCAACCAACAACUGUUUUCAAAAAUAUAGCAGGGUUAUCUACUAGGACCAUAUCAUAUUGCACCUCAAAUUUAUUAGACGACAUGAUAGUGAUUCCCAAGCCACAGUUUCUCUCCAAAAAGCUCAAAUUCUGUGGUUACCCGUCCAAGCGAGCUUCGGCCAUCAACUCCUUCAGCGAUCUAUACAAACUCCACAAAGGCAAGAAAAGGUCCCGCAUAGGAGCUGAAGGCCAGGUAUGUGUUGAGAAAACCGAGGAUAGUAGAUUGGCUACUGCUAAAAAAGAGAUCGCAUCUGCUUCACAGGCUAAUACUUCCAUCAUGGAAAAAGCUUGCACGGAGAGCUCAGUUAAGAAGUUCCCGCAUCCUACAGCAGGAUUUGGUGCAGGUCAAGCGUUUUUGCCCACUGACCCAAUAGGGUCGAACAAUGUCAUUGAUUUAACCAUGCCAAGUAGCUCUGAAGAACGUACUCCUUAUCUAUUCGGAAAUGAAGCCAACUCUAUUGUGGAGAUAAUGUUCAAGACCAGUGAUGGAAGCUUGGUCCCUGUUACUGAUGAAUUGCUCCAGAAUCUUCAGAAGGAUGGUCUGCAAUAUCAAGUGAUGGACGAAGAUGGAAAAUUAGGCGAGGUUCAUGAAUUGCAACUGACUAAGGAUAUGACCAAUGCGGCUGCUGGAAAUAUACCACUUUUACUGGAAACGUUAGAUCUAUUCGGCAAUGCUCAAACAGACUCGGCAGACAUCACUAAUGAACCAUGUAAAGCAGAGGACAACGCUGGUGCUUUGAUCGAUCAGAACAACGUAGCGAUACCUUCACUGGACACUGAAGAGUUGAAUGAGAGCUAUUCAAUCGAAAACUUGCUUUUGAAUGCAUACGCUGAGAUGCAGCCAGAUCAUUCCGAGGUUGAAAUGCAGAUGAUGGAUGUUAAAGGAAGCAUUCCUGCUACCGCGAGUACCGAUCAGAAAGAAGAUCCAAGUUUGGACUUUUCUCCUGAUAUGUUUGAUCUAUUCGGCGAUGCUCAAAAAGAAUCUGUAGAUAUCACCACUGAACCAUGUAAACUAGUGGAUAACGCUGGUGCUUUGAUCGAUCCGGAAAACGUGCUUUUGAAUGCUUUCGCUGAGAAGCAGCCAGAUCAUUCCAAGGUUGAAAUGCAGAUGACGGAUGAUAAAGGAAGCACUCCUGCUACCGCGAGUACUGAUCAGAAGGAAGAUAGUGGUUUGGACUUUUCUCCUGAUAUGUUUUUUGCUGACUGGUAACAAGAGGAUUUGUUUGGAAGAGGAUACCUCGAAGCAGUGACAUGUUGUUUGAUUUUCAGUUUUUCAGUUAAAUUGUAUUCAGAAUAAUUAUUUGUUUCAAUAAAAACAAUUUCAUGAUUACA